AUUAAAUUCAAACAUUUUCAGGCAGGACAAUAACCUGUGGUUCCGGAUGGGUACAAUUUAUGAGAAGUUGUUAUUAUUUUCAAUUCAAAUCAAAGAUGACAUGGAAUGCGGCAAAAACUGAUUGUCAUAGAAAGGGCGGAUUCCUAGUAAAAAUUGACAAUACUGUUGAAAGUUGGUUCCUGAAAUCGUUUAUAAUUAUCGAUAAAAACCCAGGUCACGUGUGGAUUGGAGCUCAUGAUUCAGUACAAGAAUCACGUUUUAUAUGGGAAUCCGAUAAUACCGUGCUAACCUAUACCGACUGGAAUACGGGCGAACCUUAUAAUGCUGGUCAAGAAGACUGUGCACAUAUGAAUAGUGGCGCUAAAUAUAAGUGGAAUGACAUUCAAUGUUCACAUAAAUUUUCAUUUAUUUGUGAGAAACAUUAAAACCAACUGUGGUUUAAUUCUCAUGUUUUUUUUUAUGUCUGUAAAAAUGAGAGUUAACUUUGCACAUAGUUAUUCCUUUUUAUUAAAUAUUGUUUUUCUA